UUGGAUAGCAGCCAGCAGAACAUGUCUCAGUACUCAGGAAAAAUCACCCUCUACGAAGGCAAAUGCUUCACGGGCAGGAAGCUGGAGGUCUGUGGCAGCUGUGGCAGCUUCCAGGACCGAGGGUUCCUCAACCGGGUCAACUCCAUCUGCGUCCAGAGCGGGGCUUGGGUCUGCUUUGAUCACCCCAACUUCCGAGGGCAGCAGUACAUCCUGGAGCACGGCGAGUACCCAGAUUUCUGUCGCUGGAAUGGCCACAGUGACCACCUGGGCUCCUGCCGGCCCAUCGGGAUGCAUGGCGAGCAUUACAGGAUUGAAAUAUUUGAGGGGAGCCAGUUUAGUGGUCCCAGCCUGGAGCUGACAGAAGAUUGCUCCUUCCUGCAGGGGCAAGGCUGGGACAAGACCUGCAUCAACGCCCUCAAAGUGUACGGCGAUGGCGCGUGGGUGCUGUACGAGGAGCCCAACUACCGAGGCCGCAUGUACCUGGUGGAGCGCGGGGAGUUCAGCAACUUUGGCGCUUGGCAGGCGCGCGGCGCCAGCGUCCAGUCCAUCAGGAGGGUCAUCAACUACUUCUAG